GAGUCUCAUUGAUCUUGUUAGUUUGUAAGAGUAUCAGUUGUUUGUUUUUGUCAUGUUUUUGUUGAUUAAUUAAUUACAAUUAAUAUUUUGUUGUUCCUCAUUAUAGCCUCAUCUGGACCGUAAAAGUUGUACCUUUGGUUGAACCUAAAGUUGUUUUCUUUGAUUGUGUUUUAAAUUGUCUUUUCUUUUUUUGCUUGUUUUCAUUUCUACUUGUGUAUAAAAGAGCUAUGCCUUUAUUUGGAAAAAGCCAUAAGAAUCCAUUUGAUUUAAUUAAAUCACUUCAAGAAGCUUUAAUUGCCGUUGAGAAAGGUGAUAAAAAGGCUGAAAAAGCUACUGAAGAUGUGAGUAAAAAUUUGGUCGCCAUGAAAAAUUUACUCUACGGAAGCGGUGAUAAUGAGCCUCAAACUGACAUCGCAGUGGCUCAAUUGGCCCAAGAGUUAUACAACUCAAAUCUAUUGUUGAUGUUGAUCAACAAUCUGUCAAGGAUUGAAUUUGAAGCUAAAAAAGAUGUCGCCCAAAUCUUCAACAAUAUACUUCGACGGCAAAUAGGUACAAGAUGUCCCACCGUCGAGUAUAUUUGUACCAAACCAGAAAUAUUAUACACUCUCAUGAAAGGAUACGAGAAACAUGAUAUUGCCCUGAAUUGUGGUUCCAUGUUACGAGAAUGUGCUCGAUAUGAAGCUCUGGCCAAGAUUAUGCUUUAUUCACCCGAUUUUUACAAUUUCUUCUCAUAUGUUGAAGUUUCCACCUUCGAUAUUGCCUCUGACGCCUUUUCCACAUUUAAAGAGCUGUUGACACGUCACAAAAUCUUAUCAUCAGAGUUUCUUGAGGCCAAUUAUGACAGUUUCUUCAGCGAAUAUCAGAAUUUAUUAAAUUCUAGUAACUAUGUGACCAAACGUCAAUCUCUCAAGCUUUUAGGUGAAUUAUUAUUGGAUCGUCACAACUUUACCGUAAUGACAAAGUAUAUAAGUAACCAAGAAAACCUCAAGUUAAUGAUGACCAUGUUAAAAGAUAGAUCGAGGAAUAUUCAAUUUGAAGCUUUCCAUGUAUUUAAAGUGUUCGUCGCCAAUCCAAAUAAACCAAAGCCGAUUCUAGAUAUUCUACUUCGAAAUAAAGAGAAACUUGUCGAUUUUCUGACCAAAUUUCAAACCGAUAGAGCUGAUGACGAACAAUUCAACGAUGAGAAAGCCUAUUUGAUCAAACAGAUUAGAGAAUUGAAACCCUACGAGGAUACGAAUGUCUCUUCAUCGUCGAAUCAAAUUUCUCCUCAACAAUCAUCAUCAAGCUCAUCAUCUUCAAAUCAUCAACAUCCCUCAGCAUAACAAAAGGAGUGAACAGAAUCAAAUCAAACAAUCAAGAGCUCCAGAGGAUAAGUAGGAGAGAGAAAAAGAAAUGAGAAAAUCUUCUUGAUCCUAAUGAUAAUCGCGAUCAAUUUCACUUACACUUCGAAGUGAAACUUUCUCUCAUUUAAGCCUUUUUGUUUUCGAUUUACGAAUUCAAAUCCCAAACCUAAUUACGCUCCUCACAAUUAAUUAUUGUUCCUUUUUUUUGCUAUUUACCCACAGAAGAAAAAUAUCAAUUGAAAUAAUUUACGCUCGAUGAUUGGAACCAAUUGAUCAACUUGGUUAUUAUUAAAUCUCAAGGAUAUUUGUUCAUGUUUACUUACAAAACGAAAAGAAACCUUUUACUAAUUAUUAUAAUUACCAUUUAAUUGUUUCA